UUUAGAGUAAACAAAGAAUAUUCACAGAAUUAUAAAACUGUAUCCUCACGACUCCCAUAGACCGUUAAUUGUUAAAACACGAUCAGGAUAAUUCAUUAUUAGGUGCUAAAAGUGCCCCUUCUUCUCCCACCCUACUAUAUUUACUUUUAAUUGGUAGAAAAUAAGCGUUCGUCGUCGAUUUACACUGAAGAUUUCGUGUUAACCAGGAUGUUGAAGUAUUCUGUCAUCUUUAUAAUCAUGCUUGUUCUUAUCGGCGGCACUGCUGCUGCUCAAACUGACCCUGAUGAUGCUUCCUUUCUAAUUUCCUUCCCAACUGGUGUUAACAUCACCGCGAUUUUGGAGGGAUUUGGUUUAACAUUAACUGAUAAUGACGAGUGUGAUCGCUUGACUCCAGUUUGUCACGAGUUCGCGAAUUGCAUUAAUACGCUUGGAUCGUACGAAUGCUCCUGCAAAGGCGGUUUUCGCCCGGAAAAUGCAGCGUUGGACAAAAACGAACUGGUUUGUGUAGGUGAGUGGCGUCUCAUCGUCGUAAUUUUGGAUAGGUAACUUGUUUCAACCAACCAACCUUAUGCUGUGCCAUUUAUACGUAAAACAUGUUCGCUUUUGGCUAAU